AUGAGGCGGUUCACCCACCGCGGUGGUCGUCGGGCGUGUCCCGCCUGCGGUGACUGCCGCGCAACGGGCACUUUGACGGGUGCGGCGUUGAAGUGCUGGCGCCGGGUGGCGCGUGCGCCGUUGCCGACGGCGCCUUCUUCACAUGCGUUGGCGACGCUCCACGGCGGCACCCGCCUGCUGCGCUGCGUGGGCUCCGCGGCGCCGGCGCCCCUCUCAGCCUCCCCCUCUUCCUCCUCUGCCUGUAGCACGUCUUCCCUUGCCGCCGGUGACUCCAGCCACGUCACGCAUGCGGGCGCUUGCGCCCCCGCGGGUGAGCCGCGCGAGCUGCAGUUCCACGAGGUCUUUCUCCUCGACGAGGCCGACGUGCACUUUCUGCUGCUGGCGGAGGCGCACAAGAAGCACGGCGUGCUGCUAAACGUGCCUCCGCAGUUGAGCCCAAGCGGGGAGCCGCCUGCCGUGCCGGAGGUGCUGCUGCCGGCCGCGCAGCUGGCGCGGAUGCGUGGGAUGACGUUGGCGUACGAGCCCACGCACCUGCCCCCGCCGCUCCACACCACCGGCACCCGGCAACUUGUCAUUUGCGACACCGCCGCUGCCGCCGCCACCACCACAGUGGCGACAGUCGUCGCAAGGAAGCCCACGGCGGUGUCUACGCCCUCGGCGGCGGCGGCGGCGGCGGCGCGCGGCACGCCAGGCAGGGGCGGGCUAAGCACCGCCACGCUGGUGCGGCGCUCGCCGCCUGAUCCGACGAUGCGGUUUCACUGCACCGCCUGCGGGAAGGCGUUUCGCCUGGAGUUCUCCGCGGAGCAGCACGUCAAGUUGAAGCACCCAGCGGAGCUGAAGGCGGCGGUGGCGGCGGGGGCGGGCGAGGGCGAAGUCAUUGAAGAGGCCGCAGCGACAGUCGUGAGUUCCGCCGCCUCCACGGGCCGAGCAGCGGCGGGCCCGCCGCCCGCCACGACGACGACGGCGGCGACGGCGGCUGCGGCGGCGUCCGCUGCGAAGCAGAAACCGGGCACGGACGCCGCAGCGGCAGGCGUGGGCAUCAGCGCGGUGAAGGUGCCGUACAACAAGGCGACGUUGACGCUGCCAAGCGAGGAGCUUGUGGACGAGCUCCUGCAGGAGGUUUGGGACGCCGUCGCCGCCCAGCGCGACGACCUCCCCGGGCAAAACGAACCCAACGCCUUUGUUCCCUUUCACACCGUCGUGGAGGGCACCGCCGACCGACGGAAGGAAAUGGAGGCGAAUGCGAAGCCCACGGCACGCGCCACCCCGGAGGGCGCCGCCCCAGGCAUCAAGAAACCGGGCAUGCUGUCCGGCGGCUCCAUGGCCGCCUCGCGGAGCCCUGCGGCAGGGCACAACCUGCCGAUAAAGGAACUCGUGAAGAAGUACCCGAAUCCCUUUGGCGAUUCCCCCAAUGCGGUUCUGCAGGAACUUGAAAAGGAGCCCGUCAAUCCUUUCAUCCCACAGGAGGAGCUUGCGGCACAGUUGCAGGUGGCGCGAGAGUCGCAGCCAACGGCGGCCACGACUACCGUUGGCACCAACACUGCGGCUGCUCCUGCUUCUGCUGCUGAGGAGGAGGAGUUAAAGAAACGACUGCGUGCCUCACGCCCGAGUUUAGCGCGAUCGGCGUCGCUGCGCCGCUUCGUCUGCCCCCUUUGUGCAGAGCAGCAGCGAAGGAGGGCGGAGGCGUGCGAUGCGACGGCUGUUCCGUCGUUUCGGCUGCUGGACGCUCUCCUUGACCACGUGGAGUCGGGGCACGAGGGGCAGGAGCUCACGGAGGAGCAGCUGCGCACGCUAUACGCGACCGAGCGGAGGUCGGCGCUGCACGCCCUUCCGCCGAGCCUGGACGCUGAGGACGGAGGCGCUGGCGGUGGUGCCGGCCAGGCCAAGACGGAUGCCUCCGGCAACGAUGACGCCGCCGGCGGCGGCCGUGCGGAAACCAUCCACGACGCGGUGAAGGCGGCAUCGCUGCCGGAGGCGUUGCAGAAGGCCGUCCCCCCGGCAGCCGUGGAGCAGCAGGCACUUCAGGUGCACCUGCGCGCCAGCAGUAACGCGGUGCUGCUCGGUCGUAUCGCGGAUGUGCAGCACGGAUUCCUUGGCACGACGGCGGUGACGCAGUACGUGCUUGAGGUUGGCGAGGAGGGGCCGGCUGCUGGCGCAGGGGGCGCGGACGCGGCCUCGUCGCCGGCGACCGAGACGGAGCUGAUCGUCGUGCGCUGCAUGGGCGAUAACUUCCCCGCCGCACUGCUGAAGGAGCAGGUGCAUCUCGGCAGCACGGUGCUUGUGCAGGGCACACUGCGCAUGAACCGGCACCUCGACAACGCCUCCAAGCGAAUUCACGCGUAUCCGUUUGUGCAGGUGGUGCCGCCGCUUGGCUGUGUGAAGGUGAUUGCGUGA